AUGUUCGACACUUUUCCGGCAAAUGAUGCCAGGAAAUGGAUUGCUGACCAUACUCCGCAUGUCUGGCUUAUUUCAGCCUGUUAUCUCGGCUUCGUACUCACGGCACCUGGAAAAAUCGUUAUGAAGCAUGGGAUGUUACCACAAUGGUACUACUUCAACGGGUUGCUGCAGCUAUGUCUACUGCUGGCAUUUGUUCCACAAGUGACAUUUUCAUUAGGUUCAGGAUGGAGAGAUUCUGUUUGCUGCAACCAUUCGCUCUACACUGGAGUGAUAAGUGGCACAGUUAUGUUUCUUUUCGUAUUCACAAAGCUUCUCGACCUAGCUGAGACGGUGCUAAUAAUUUUGGACGGUCGCCAACCAUUGCUGAUCCAUAUUUUUCAUCAUAUUAUCACACUUCUCUUUACAUGGCAUAGUUAUUCUCAUCAUCACUCUCUUGGGAGAUGGUUCGUAUUUAUCAAUCUUUUCUCUCAUGUAAUACUGUACUCCUACCUCAGCCCAAAAAAGUUUGGCAUUGCUCCAUGUUGGCUAUUUGUCGCUUUCACCCAAGUGUACCAGUUGGUUUUCUGUCUCAUCAUCUGCUUUACUGCACAGAAUGUAAUCGAUGAAGGUGGUAAAUGCGAUGUUGACCCUGGACGGUUAUCGUUGGACAAAUUUGUGGCGGCAGUAUUCUUUUUCAUCUUCGCCGAUUUCUACCACGUUAAGUAUCGAAAAUUUCGAGAAACCCAUGAAUGCGCACUCGCACAGUAUCUGCGAAGUUCACCGACACGUUCCAUUCGUCGAACAACUCCACGCAGAAGUCCACGCGAUAUUACAAUCAGACCGUACUCUCCGACUGGUAUCACACCGACAGAUCCAUAUGUUACGAAUUAG